AUGAGUUGGAUCGACGGAUUCAAACCUGCAACCCCAGGCUCUGCCCUCCCUUCCUCCCCUUCUGGCCUCACGUUGCACUGUGAGCCUUCACAUGAACAAAACCCUGUGGGGCUCAAUCCCACUGAGCCACACUGUGGAGAACUGGGACGACUGGAGCAGCAGAUUGCUGAGCUGAGGAGGAGAGAUGCUGGGCUGGAGCAGCUUUCACACACAGAGGACCACAUCCAGUUCCUCCUGAGCUGGCAGUCUUUCUGUGUCCCUUCUGGACCUGAAGACCUUCCCAGCAUCACUGUCAGUCCACACGUCUCUUUUGAGGCUCUGAGGAAAUCUGUCUCUGAACUGAAAGAGCGACUGGAGGAUUUCUGGAGGAAGGUGGAACUGGUCAAAAUUUCUGAAUUAGAUUCCUGUCACCUCACACUGGACCCCAACACAGCACACAGAGACCUCCCUCUGUCUGAGGGGAACAGAGAGGUGACCUAUAUACAAAGGAGCUGGUCAUAUCCUGAUCAUCCAGAGAGAUUUGACUACUGGGCCCAAGUGCUGUGCAGAGAGGGUCUGUCUGGACGCUGUUACUGGGAGGCUGAGUGGAAUGGGCUUGGGGUUUAUAUAGCAGUGUCAUAUAAAGAGAUCAGCAGGAAAGGAGAGGGUUAUGACUGUGUUCUGGGAUGUAAUAACAAGUCCUGGAGAUUGCGCUGUAAUGCCACCAGUUGCUCUUUCAGUCACAGUAAUGCGAGCAUUGAAAUCUCUGUUCCCCCCUACUCCAGAAUAGGGGUGUACCUGGAUCACAGGGCAGGAACUCUGUCCUUCUACAGCAUCUCUGACACAAUGACCCUCGUGCACAGAGUCCAGACCACAUUCACUCAGCCCCUCUAUCCUGGGUUUUGGGUUGAUUUAGGAUCUUCUGUAAAACUGUAUGAUCUGGGAUGAGAGAGAGGGAAGACUGGCUGUAAUUAGAGGUAGAGAAAAACACUGCAGUGAGAUUGUGUUCAUUUUUUGUAUGUGUAAAAGGUGUAAGGUGCAAUUUUGACUACUCUAACCACCACAUUGAAUCUUUGUCUCUUCAUUCUGGACUAUUGUAAUUCCACUGGCACGCACUGGUGGAGUCAUUAGUAUCACAAGCUGUAAAUGGCAGCUGGAAAGACAACACAGCAGGCCCACAGCAACCUUCAAGACAUGGGACAGCAGUCUCACAACCUCCUUAUGGGAAAGAAGAGCCCGUGCAUGCGCGUUUUUUUUUGAUUUCGGUUUUUUUUUUUCUCUGAAGUUUUGGUUGCCAUAUUGGCCAUUCAUUUGUUCUGGAAGAUUUCUUUUGUUUUGUGUUUUUGGGUGAAUAAAAGGGGGUAAGCCAGCA